GUCUCUUGUAAGCAAUGCCAUAUAUAUAUAUAUAUCCGCUCACUUCCUCUCCGCUGCUCUCACCAAAAGAACCUCCACGUUCCGAUCUUUGAGUCCGUCUUUCUCCGUCGAUUCCGAGUGUUUGGAUCUUCGUAUCGUGGUUGGAGGUUUUGAGUCUGCCGCCCAAUCCAGUUCCAAUCGGUGCUCCGUUGAGGCUCAAUCCGAGGGACGAAUUUUGGUCGGCGCAAAGGAGCCGGUUUUAUUGUUGUUCUUGUUGUUUGAUCGCGUACGCAUGCGGCGGAGGGCGCCCGAGUUCCGGCGCCCGGCCCUGAGGCGGCUCUCGUACUGGAUCUGCUCGCUUCUUGGGAUCUCGAUUGCCGCUGGGUUCGUUCUCUUCUUCUUUCAGCACCAUCAUCGGGACCGAUUCAGGCCGCCCGUAAGGGAAAAGAUUCCAACUGAUGGGAAUAACUCUCAUGGAACAAUAUAUCUCAUGCAAGAACUGUUAAACAGUUCUUCGUUUUCCAGGCAACUUGCAGAUCAGCUGACACUAGCCAAGGCUUAUAUAAUCAUAGCCAAGGAGCAUAACAACCUUCAGCUUGCUUGGGAGCUUAGAUCACAGAUACGUAAUGGUCAAAGAUUGCUCUCUCAGGCAGCUGUGAGGGGAAAACCAAUCACCCUAGAAGAAGCACAUCAUAUAGUCAGUGAACUAGCACAGCUCAUAUACAAGGCCCAAGAUUUCCAUUAUGACAUUGCUACUACAAUAGCAAAACUAAAGAGCCACACCCUUGCCCUUGAAGAGCAUGCAAAUGCAGCAACUGUGCAGAGUGCAAAAUUUGGUGAACUGGCUGCAAAAGCCAUGCCCAAAAAUCUCCACUGUUUUAACAUAAAGCUCACAGAGGAGUGGUUUAGAAAUCCAUCUCUAAGAAAACUGUCAGAAGAGGGCAGGAACUCACCUCGACUUGUUGACAACAGCCUAUAUCAUUUAUAUAUAUUCUCUGAUAAUGUGCUGGCAACAUCUGUUGUUGUGAAUUCCACGGCCUCUAAUGCUGAUCAUCCUCAGCAGCUUGUGUUUCAUGUGGUCACAGACAAGGUCAAUUACUGGGCUAUGACUACUUGGUUUCUUAGGAACGAUUUUAGAGGAUGCACAGUCAAAGUUCUGAGCAUAGAAGAGUUAUCUUGGUUGAAUGCCUCAUCCUCUCCAUUGAUCAAACGGCUAGUGCAUUCUGAAACAUGGGCUUAUAACAUUGCUGGUAGUUCAAAAGAUCAGAGUUGGGAAACAAAGUUGAAGGACCCUAAUUUUGCUUCCUUGCUGAAUCACUUACGCUUCUACAUCCCACAGAUACAGCCCCAAUUGGAAAAGGUAGUGUUCCUUGAUGAUGAUGUUGUGGUACAGAAGGAUCUAACCCCUUUGUUCUCAGUGGAAUUGCAUGGGAAUGUUAUUGGAGCUGUGGAGACCUGUCUAGAAGCAUUCCAUAGGUUCUACAAGUAUCUCAACUUCUCUAAUCCAGUCAUUAGCUCAAGAUUUGAUCCACAAGCAUGUGGAUGGGCUUUUGGGAUGAACAUUUUUGAUCUAGUAGCAUGGAAGAAGGAAAAUAUUACUGACAAAUAUCACUACUGGCAGGAACAAAAUGCUGAUCAGAUGCUCUGGAAGACAGGCACUCUUGCUCCUGGCCUUCUGGCGUUUUAUGGGGUGAUGGAACCCCUUGAUCGGAGAUGGCAUGUACUUGGAUUGGGUUAUGAUUCUGAUAUUGAUGAUAGGUUAAUUAAGAGUGCUGCUGUUGUGCACUUUAAUGGGAAGAUGAAGCCAUGGCUUAAACUAGCUAUAAGCAGGUACAGACAUCUAUGGGAACGAUACAUCAAUUUCUCAGAUCCAUUUGUUAAAGAUUGUUGGAUGCACUAAGAUGUUGAAGAUUACAUGUUAUCUUUUCAUGUUCUCUCAUAAUAGUUUGAUGCACAAUUUCCAAUUCCUACCUUCUGAGGACAAAUGCCCGACUGGGUAGGGAGCACAACAGCAUCGGAUAUUGGGAAUUUAACAAAUCAUUUUAGAAGGUGUAAUGAUUCCAUGUUAGAUGUUACAUUUUGUUAGACUUGGACCUCAUAUUUUUGGAAUAGUACCAGAUGAACAAAACAGAGACUGUAAAACAGAGAAAAUAAGAAUCAAUUUCUUUCAUUAGCUCCAGGAGAUGCCAGUGUCCUGAAAGCUUGAGAUGGAGUUUUGAUCGCACAACUGUUUACAUAGAACUGCAAAUUGGCAGCAUAUCAUGCCAAAUUUAAGACCAAGAUCUUGUCUGAGGUUAUAAAUCAGUUGUUGACAUUGUGGUAAAUUUUUUGGAGAUAAUUUGUUUAGACAAAGUUUUAAUUUUACUAAUGACUUGGUUCAUUUUCCAUUUUUGGGAAUUUGUAAAAUGAUGGAGGUGAUUCUCCUUUUAGCGCUUUAUAUAAUAGGCUUGUAAAUAAUAUAAAUGAUCAUUUUUAUAUUUAUCGUUAGAUUGAAAAUAGAUCUGAUUCAUAGAAUUUUAGGAUGCUUAUUAUAUGAAUGUCCAAGCAUGGGAAAAUAUGCAUAUAUAAGACCACCCAAACAUGUAUCGAAGAAUUGGUAUCAGUUUUUAGAGGUUGCACUUGCUGGAAAGUGGGAGUAUAGCUCCAAUGUAAUUUUUGAUAUCUCAGUUUCUGCUUGACGAUUUAGAAUGGCUCUACAGGUCAACUCUAGAAUUAUUUUUGGUACAUUGUUUUAGCUAAAAAGUUUAUGUAACCUACUUUAUCGUAUUCUGCUGUAAUCUCUUCAGAGCAUUCAUGUCAACUGUUCUACUGCUUGACAUGAUUCGAGCAAUUUUUGCUUGAAGGCUUUGUUCCUACAGAAUAAGAUCUGCAAAUGCUGCUCCAAACAUUUUUGUAUUGCCACAAUUAUCCAUGAGAAAAGGUCAGUAUUUAAAUUGAGAUAAUUUGGUUCUAUUGCUAGAAAAGUUAUGACAUGUGGAAGUACUUAUGACAU